AUGAGAUAGACUAGCAAGGACUUUGAGGAGGGUCAAGAAGAUUCAGAAAUUAUUGAGAAAGCUUUCAAGCUCUUGGCAGAAUCAUCAGUUGAUCAAGAUUCGGAGAGUGCUCAUAACAAUCGAUUGAUAAUGCUUCCAUGGUGGGGCUUGGAUAUGCAAAAUAGCAGACAGGGAAUCGAAUAAAUCGUGAAAUAAGAGGUAUUGAAAUUAUCACAGGAUGUCUAAAAGUUGAGUUCUCAAUAGAUUGAGUUUGAAUAUGAUUUUGACUUUGAUAGAUAUUUGUAUGUUGCAUAGAUAAUGCUAAGGAUAGAUCCAACUUUGAAUAUGGUUAUGAAUGAUUUGGUUCCUGACUUAGUUGAAGAAGAUGACUUCUGGCGAAACUAUUUCUACAACAUCGAAAUUAUCAAAGCUUAAUUAGGAUUGGUGAAUAGAUUAGGUGACCCAAUAAAAAAUGAAGAAAUAUACGUGUCUUAAACACAGCUGCUAGAAAAAGGUGUUGUAAAAUAAGAUACUGAGCUCAAGGAGAUUCAUACAAUGAAAAUAGUUGAGAAUUAAAACCUUAGUGGUGAAAAAUAGUAACGCAAUUUGGUUAGUGCUACUUCAAAUGUUAAUAAGAGCAUUGAAUCAAAUCCGCCACAAUUACAAGCUUAAUUUGAGGCUAAAGUUUAGUAAUUGAAAUAGGAUGAGGCUUUCAAUAUAGAUGAUUUUGAAAAAGAAAUUGAUGAUGCUUUAUAGGAUAGUGAUGAAGAGUAAGAUCUGAAAAACUAGAAAAUCUAAAAUUAAUAAGAUGAUGUUAUCAUUGAUGAAGAUGAAUUAAAUAUUGAUUUGUGA